CUAGGGCGGCCGGCGGACCCUCCUCCGGAGGGGCGGGAUUUGGUCUUGCCCUUCGGCCCCGCGGCCACAGAGACCGCGAUGCUGCGGGCCGGAGGACGCGCGGCCCGGCGGGGUAUCCUGGAGCGUCUGGCCGGCGGGGAGGUGGUGAUUGGGGAUGGCAGCUUCCUCAUUACUCUGGAAAAGCGGGGCUAUGUGAAGGCUGGGCUCUGGACUCCCGAAGCCGUAGUGGAGCACCCAGAUGCAGUUCGUCAGCUUCACAUGGAAUUCUUGAGGGCAGGAUCCAACGUCAUGCAGACAUUCACCUUUUCUGCCAGCGAGGACAACAUGGAAAGCAAGUGGAAAGAGGUAAACGCUGCUGCUUGUGACCUGGCCAGGGAAGUGGCUGACCAAGGUGAUGCUUUGGUAGCAGGGGGAGUCUGCCAGACAUCGAUGUACAAAUACCACAAGGAUGAAGCUCAAAUUAAAAACCUUUUCCGACUACAGCUGGAGGUUUUCGCCAGGAAAAAUGUGGACUUCCUGAUUGCAGAGUAUUUUGAGCACAUAGAAGAAGCUGUGUGGGCUGUGGAAGUCUUAAAAGAACUGGGCAAGCCAGUGGCGGUGACCAUGUGCAUCGGCCCCGAGGGAGACAUGCAUGGGGUGACACCUGGGGCAUGUGCCGUGGAGCUGGCGAGGGCAGGGGCUGACAUCGUUGGUGUGAACUGCAGAUUUGGGCCCAAGACCAGCUUGCGGACACUACACCUCAUGAAGCAGGGUCUGGGGGCUGCAGGGUUGAGCCCCCACCUGAUGGUGCAGCCCCUGGGCUUCCACACCCCAGACUGUGGCAAGGGGGGCUACUUGGACCUACCGGAAUAUCCCUUUGGACUGGAGCCCAGAGUUGCCACCCGAUGGGAUAUUCAGAAGUUCGCCAGAGAGGCCUACAACCUGGGAGUCCGCUACAUCGGCGGGUGCUGUGGGUUCGAGCCCUACCACAUCAGGGCGAUUGCGGAGGAGCUGGCCCCGGAAAGGGGAUUUUUGCCAUUAGCUUCAGAAAAACAUGGAAGCUGGGGGCAUGCUCUCAGUAUGCACACCAAGCCCUGGAUUAGAGCAAGGUAUGAAUUUCUUUUUAAAAUGAGAUAA